CUUUGGCGCCCCGAAAUUAAAAGGGAGGAGACGCUCGCAGACAAGAUGGAGCCUCUCGGCCAUUUUUAGAUGGGAUCGCGCUUCCGUCCUCCCGAUCUCUCCCUCACCUCGGUGGAGGAUGGUUCCGACGCCUCGAGGCCGCCGCUGCCGCCCAUGGCGAACCCUAGCUCAUCAGCAGGACUUGCUGAACAUAAGGUUCAGCUGGUACGGACUUGUAAAUCACCCAAAGAUAUGAGCAACAAAGAGAAUAUUUCCACUAUUGAAGAAGAUGGUUUGGAUGUUUCAACCUUCUGCAAGGUGGAAUCAGUGCAGAAGAGGAGCAAAAAGUCUGGACGGUGUAAUCUGAGGAAAAGCUUAGCUUGGAACCAAGCAUUCCUAACCGAAGAAGGUGUGCUAGAUCCACUGGAGCUGUCUAUCCUCGGUGGGUCUUCCAUGAAGCAGAAGGAGAGUGUUCUCUCUGUAAUUAAUGGACAACUGUCACCACUAUUGGGGUUCCAUAAGUCAGAUGUUACAACGCCAUGUGAUGCUGUUGGACAGAAGACUAUUGGCAAAAUGCAUGUGCAAUCUGGAGGAAGAAAAUUGAAAGAUAGCAAUUUAAUUGGCAAGUUUGAUGCAUCAAUUCAGGAAGAACAGCAAGAGUUGAUGGUCUCAGGAGUUAUAUCAACGAGCAAGCGCACAACAAAAAGUGUGCCACGACUACCGGCUGCAUCUUCAUAUCCUUUUACAUUCCUCUUCCAAAAAGAAUAUUUGGAUACUUAUUAUCAGAGGGGAUUUGACAGAUUCUAGAUCUUUUUCAUUUGCCUAAUUUUUUUUAAUAAAUUUAAUAUUCAUUAGUUGCUCUAUUUAUGGAGGUAAGGAUUCAUAUAUUGACCCUCCUCAUUGCUUCAUUCACUGAUUCGUCCUUUUAUUUUAAUAACUUCAAAAACCAUAAUCUUAACUCCACUGUACACAAAAGAGAGUUGCAAGCUCAAAUGCAGCAAAUCCUACAUCAAAAAUUCCGAAGUUUAUGCCUACAAAGUCACAUGCUGCCUCUCUUACACCUACUUCCAGAGGUGACAUUUCAACCCCAAGGGACUUUACUUUAGACCAACGUGCCACGAUGGUUUAUACGGAGCAGAAUUCUAGUGUGAGGUGUUUUCCAUCAAACAUGAGAAACCAAUCCACUUGUGCUCAAUCAUCCAAAUCUUCUGCAGUUAAUUCUCAUAGGCCCUUGGUUCCCUUGAUGGAGAGAGGUGUGAAAGGUUUUAGUUUGAUGUCAGAUUCAUCAGCUUCUAAAGUUGUGCAGGGAACAAUAAUUUCUUGUAACUCCAGUAAAGAAUCUUCAUCAUAUCCUUCAAAAGCCUAUCAUGCUGCAGGAGGUGCUCUUGCACCAGGACAUGCAAAACCAUCUGCGUUGCGGAUGCCUUCACCAUCGUUGGGAUUUUUUCAACAGGGCAAGCGUCCUUCAUAUUGCCCCCAACCUCAAGUAAAUGUUCAACCGCCCCGACCUACUAUUCCUUGUAUAAGAGCAAGUAAGAUAAGGCCCACAGAAGAAUCGAGGCUUUUGCCUACUUCGACUUGGCAAAAAUCUUUGAAGGGCCUUCCUGCUCCAGAAUCUUUUGCUGGGACUAUAAUUUCUAGCAAAAUGGAGAACUCUUUGGUAGCUAUCUCUUUACCCUCAUCCAACGGAAAUGUUGUGCAUCCAUCAACGAGGGAAAAUGUUUCAAAGAUGCAAAGGGACAAGAUGGCUAUAGGAGCCUCUGGAAGGUUGUCAGACAGCCAGACAAGUGGUCAACAAGCCUUAAAGAGGUAUCGGUCACUAAUUGAUGAUGAUUUUGCACACCCUCAAGUUUUGUCAUCAGGAAACCCAGAACAUAAUGUUGACAAGGAAGUACCUUUUGUGAGUAGCUCAGUGCUGAAGAUGAAUAACAAGCUUUUGGUUCAUGAAAGUAGAUUACCUGUGGUACCACUGAAAGUUAAUAUCCCUGAGGAUGUCCACCAUACAUGCUUGCCUACCAAAAUAAAUCAUGCAAGUGAAACUGAAUUAUCUGAAGCAAGCUCUCUGUGUAAACUAAAUGCAGAUGUGUUAGAUGAAGGUGCUUCAGAAUUGGAUAACAAGGCCAAACGACCACUGUCAGAAUAUACAGGGUGGGUUGCUCAUGCUGUCUCAGAACAGGGUGGGUUGGCAGCUAGGAAUUCAAAUUCAUUGCCAGAUCUAGAGGUUGGCAUUUCAUCGAGAUUUGUUGAAUUUUCUGCUUUAACCAAAUCACCUUUGAGAUGGAGUAAAACGAAAGUAGUAGGUUCUGGCUCUUGUAACAGUUCAGAAUCAGGUUGUUCUUUAGCUCAAGAAACAUGUGCUGUGGACGAUUCAGAAAUCCACCAUGUGACACGUAUCUCUUCAGAGGAAACCAUGUCAUCUUUGACUUCAAGCAAAGAACACAUAGCUGGUUCUGAUUUCAUUAGCAAUACAGAAGUAGACUGUUCAGCACAUAACACAGGCAUACAUGUUGAGAAAGCAAAUUUAGGAAUGAAUAAUUUGGCUGCUAUAGUGUCUAGUUUACCAGAGGAUCCUCAACCUACGGCAUCAACUGACAGUAAAUGUCAUGAUUUUAGAGUGUGUUUUGAUAAUAAGGAUCCUAUCAACUUAAAGGAAGAGGGAACCUUGGUGCCCAAUGGCAGCAAGAAUGAUCAGAAGGAUAGAGUGCAGCAAGAUAUUACCCAUCUGAAACAUCACUUGAAUGCUGUCCCAUUCACCGAUGAGUGGCUUGCUGCUAUUGAGGCUUUUGGGGAGGAAAUAUUGGAGUUGAAAACAGGCCCUGUACAAAAUUCUCCACCAGACAAGACUCUUCCUAAACCUGGUCGAUGGUCACCGGUUAAACGGAAAGCUCAGGACGUAGGACCAUUUGAUUGCACGAAGCAUUCGACAAAUCUGUCACCCCCUGAUUCCUCCUAACCCGUCGGUUGCCUCGUAUGAAGAGACCUCUUGGUGAUCUCAGAGUUUCGAUUUGCUCAGCAUGAUCUGCUUGUACGUCAUACUUUUCAAUGUACAGACAGUUUCAUAAACCUAUGAACGCGAAUAAAAUGGCGAACUGCACGGUUUUUUUUUUUCAUAUUUAUUUUUAGGGUUGAAUAUGUUAUAUUUAUUUCGAGGGUUGAAUAUGUUUCCUCGAACACGGUCUAAUUGGUACAUCAUGAAUCGCUACUUAUCUAUCGUGUCAUCAUCAUCUACAAUGUUGAGAUCCCGUUAAAACGCUUGUUUGGAACAAGCUUUAUAUAUAUACAUGCAGGCAGCUACGAGAAGAUUGAUGGAAACAGGGAGUAUAUAAUAUUAUAUACAAGUCCUACAUACCCUUUUUUUUUAUUAUUUGUACACAUAAAUGACAGCAUGAAGCCACAUAAAUAAAAGGAGUUUUGCAAGUAAAAAAAAAGCCCUAUUCACAGUUUUCUGUACACCCCAUUUGCAUCACCAGAACUCUGUACAAUUGCUGCGAUGGGCUUCCCUUUGUUCUGCACAAUCUGCCCACCGUGUGCUGUGCCAUCCCCCCCUAUAUACAACCUCUAACCUGGUAGCAUGUUUACAGUUUUACAGUAUCGACUACGGUGUUCAAUGUGCCUUGAUUCACUUAAAAAAAAAAAAAAAGUCAAAGUG